GGUGACUGAACAAGUGCUUUUUCUUCUUGAGAGGGAAAUUAUCGUGUAUCACAUUUGCCUACACCAUUGGACAUAGGUGCCGCACCUGCCUCCUACUUCACCAUGAACACUUUCAAUGGUGCCACUCACCUUCCCAUUCACUCAAUCCUCACCCCGAUCUCCAUUGUGGAUGCCUUCUUCCCCAGUUUCACUGGUAUCUUAGCCUUCAUUCAAGGGAUUCUAGCCGGCAACACAGAUGGCUUUGCUCAUCUACUGUGCAUAUGCGGGAUCUUCCUGUUCCUUGUUUGAUAUGUCUAUUGAUACUUGAUGGAAUUGGUGGAGACUCAGUUCAGUUCAUGCCUCUUCUCAUUAACCCACUCUUGAUGGCUGCUGAGACUAACUCUCGAAGCUUCAACCAUGCACGUUUCCUACUACAAUGAGGCAUAUGAUAUGCUUGUUACCUGGGUAUCCAAGCAGUCAUUCGCCCGCAAUGCACGCUCCUCUCUUGUCAGUGUUGGUGCCAAGCAUAGGAGGGCAUACACUGAUGAUGAUUCAAACAAACGGAUGAAGAAACCUCUGCACUUUUCACCCUGGAAUGGGUCAUUUCGCUUUUGGUACAAGAACUACUUGCUUCAGUUCCAAUGCUCGGAGAAAGAAUGUGGCUCCACACAGCAGGAAAUCACUGUCUUCUCGAUCAGUGAAUCCUCAGAAAUUCUAAGAGAAUUCUUCGAUGAUUGUCGAAAGGAGUAUCUGAAGCUUAUUCAGAAAAAGAUGUCAGUUUUUGAGCACCAUGAUGGGGAGUGGAGGAAGGCAAAGGCAAGAGACAUGAGGCCCAUUUCGACAGUCAUCAUGGAUGACGGGGAGAAGACAGAGCUUCUAAAGGACAUUGAGGAUUUCCUGGAUAAGAAAACUCGAGGCUGGUACGCAAGGCGGGGAAUUCUCUACCAAAGAGAGUUCCUUUUGUACGGACCUCCCGGGACUGGGAAAUUCAGUUUCAGCUUGUCCGUCGCCGGGAGUUUUGAGUUGGAUAUCUAUGUGGUCAAUCUUUCGGGUGUUAACGACGGCUCCUUGACCAAUUUAUUUGCUCAGCUUCCUCUGCACUGUGUCGUUCUCCUGGAAGAUGUCGAUGCUGCUGGCACGACGCGUGCUGAAGGCAGUGAUGAAACUCCUGAAAGCUCCAGCUUGAUUACAACAGUCUCUCCAAAGAAUAGCAGAGCAGAAACAUUAUCCCUGUCUGGCCUUCUCAAUGCUCUGGAUGGCGUGUCAUCCCAGGAAGGUCGGGUGCUGAUUAUGACCACCAAUUAUAUUGAACGCCUGGACAGCGCACUGAUACGGCUGGGGCGUGUGGACAGAAAGGUUUUCUUCCAGCUCACUGACAAGGACAUGAGUUUCUGCCUUUUUUGCAAUGUCUUCAAGCAGUCAGAUGAGGAUUACCGCAACCCCGAAACACGGGUAGACAAUGCAACUGUGGAACAACUUGCACAAGAGUUUGUUGCAAAGGUGCCGGCGCUGGCCUUCAGCUCAGCCAAGAUCUUAUCUUUUCUGCUGGAGCGCAAGCAGUCGCCCACCGACGCGGUAAAUGAUGUGGAAGGGUGGGUAAACAAGGAAUGGGACGAAGCCGGCUUGAAAAGAGAGUAUUCAUGGGUGAAUGGCAUGUAGCUUUCUCUGCCGCAAGGAGCAGCUCGAAUAAAACAGAGCUGAGAAGUCAACCAAACAGAUCAAGGAGCAAAACCCGCCUUCCAGCUUUACAGUGAUUACAAACAUUAGGCUUAGUUUAGCAUUAUUCAAGCAUUCGCCAAUUCAUGGAGCGGAGCAAGCAUAAGAUAGUCAGCAUGAGUGUCUUCAGGCUCACUUUUACAAAACAGAGGCAGAAGCAGC